GACCGGUGACGAAGACUGAAAAGACUUGAACCUUGGGGGGCAGGCCUCUAAACGUAUAUACACUGCGGUCAACUUCGCCAUGAACUUUAAGAGCAUCCUUGUCUUCAUCGUUCUCUCCGCACUUGUUUACGCUGCACCUUCCCAUGUUACCUGCAGUGGUGGCCGUAGGGCUAGCGAGGCUGCUUGCUGCAAGUGGUUCGACGUCCUCGAUGAUAUUCAGGCGAACCUGUUCGACGGUGGUGAAUGCGGUGAAGAAACUCACGAGUCUCUUCGACUCUCCUUCCACGAUGCCAUUGGGUUCUCCCUCUCCGCUCAAAGGCAGGGCAAAUUUGGCGGUGGAGGUGCCGAUGGCUCAAUGAUGGCUUUCGCCGAGAUCGAGACCAACUUCCACGCCAACAACGGUGUGGAUGAAAUUGUCGAGGCUCAACGUCCCUUCGCACUCAAGCACCAUGUUUCGUUCGGUGACUUCAUCCAGUUCGCCGGUGCUGUUGGUGUCUCCAACUGCGCUGGUGGUCCUCGCUUGCAGUUCCUCGCUGGACGCUCUAACUUCUCUCGUCCGGCUCCCGAUCUCACUGUCCCCGAACCUUCUGAUCCCACGAACAAGAUCUUUGCUCGAAUGGGCGACGCCGGUUUCUCUCCGAAUGAGGUUGUUGAUCUCCUCAUUUCCCACAGCGUUGCUGCCCAAGACCACGUCGAUCCAACCAUACCGGGAACACCCUUCGACUCGACCCCCGGAACAUUCGACGCUCAGUUCUUCGUUGAGACAUUAUUGAAAGGAUCGCUGUUCCCAGGCAAUGGUUCCAACGUUGGUGAGGUCUUGUCUCCCUUGGCAGGCGAGUUCCGACUUCAGUCCGAUUUUGCAAUCGCUCGCGACGCCAGGACCGCUUGCGAAUGGCAAUCGUUUAUUACCGACCAUAAAUUGAUGGUCAGCAAGUUCGAGAAGGUCAUGGCUAAGCUCGCGAUCCUGGGUCACAGUGCGCACGACCUUGUCGACUGUUCUGAGGUCAUUCCUGUUCCCUCCAAAGCUAAGGCCCAAUCUGCCAAACUCCCGGCAGGAAAGACAAUCAAAGACAUCCAGCAUGCUUGUGCCGCCACGCCAUUCCCGGUCAUAUCUGCCGACCGCGGCCCGGCUACGUCUAUUGCUCCAGUUCCCCCUUCUUAAACAAUCCCGCCAUAUGCUCUCUGCUAUUCCGGUCUCGUGUCGAAGAUUUCUCUGUGUAUGUAUUACACAUUGUGUUGUACCCGAUGGAAAUAGAAUGACUUUCUGUGACGCUUCUUGUUCUUGGUUUCUUUGACGAUCUAGCGGGUCACACAGUCGCAUAGAAUAUCGAUACACUAACUUCUUCUACACUCGGCUUAAAAACUAAAAUCGGAACAAGUGCAAUUGCAAUCAAGGCCCAACAUGAACCAAUAAAGGCAACCCCUUCCGAUUCUAAUAUGAACAAACAACCGGACCGUAC